GUAUCAACAGUAGACCUGGUGCAGUUGGAUGUCAUUGAUUGUGGGAUCGAUCAUGAACUUGAAGUGUCACAAGGAGACGUCGAUAUUACGCAGUACGCUUGGCUCGGGAUAUUUUAUUACAGCUAUUAUGGAGCCGAUGGUGAAGAUCGAUCUGUGACAACGGUGGCUUUAAUUCAAGCUGAAUUCGUGAUCGCACCGGCAGCUGACAUCGGACCAAUACCAAAACAUGAUUUCAGAAAGAACUCCCGCAUACUGCUUGGUCAGGACUGGGGUCCAAGUAAUUAUAGGGUCCGGAAUUACGUCAUACAUCCAGAGUAUGAGGAUACUUAUAACACCAUAGCCUUAAUACAGCUCAGUACACCGGUUAGGAGCGAAACUUUGAAGCCGCUGUGUCCACCUCCACUAAGAUUAAGGAAUCCAGAGUUCUAUGUCGUCAAGUUCAAAGAUGGCGACGAUUAUAAUGUGCUGCAAAAACAAGUAUUUCCAGUGACUCACAUCCAAUCGACUUUGUGUCGGGAUUUUUACGUUCGUUCCAAUCUGUACGCGAAAAGGAUGCGACCACCACACGUGGCGUGUGCUGUUUCUUUAGAGGAUAGUGUCUGCGUAUGGAAUGCUGGGUCCGCUUUAGUGACACGUGACAUAUGGGGCAGAUGGCUCUUGCUUGGCGUGGGAGUUCGUGGACCAGGUUGUGGCGCUCCGUCCCGGUAUCUGGACAUGAUGAGCUACUACCCCUGGAUAGAAGACAGCCUUAACAAGUUCAAGAGAAUCAGCAUCUCAAAGAUAUCCAAACAGAAAUAUGUGCUUAGAGGAGAUACAGAGGAACCUGCGCUGAAUACCGCGUACCAGAGAUUCGGAAACUGCGAUCCUGAAGAAAAAAUCAAUUUGAUAUUCCGAGAAUUCAUUUACCUACGCACCGACAACAAUCAAUAUCAGUUUUUGACGUACAAUCUAUCCAUAUAUGAAAAUGUGGAGUUUUCGUGUCUGACUCUGGAACUGGUGAACGCAUCAGCUGUGUCUGAGAUACGGAUCAAGCACGUGUGUCCCAGAGAAGUUAGAGGACCGCCUUGUUACCGAUACAAAGGGUCCGUGUUCGAAAUAUCACUGUACAUAAUGUUCUCGGAGUCCGCGCGUUUUGAAAUGUACGCCUGGGGUUGGAAGAAAAACAUGACACUAAUAGAUUUUCACGAAUGGAAGCUGGAAGAGGGUACUUUUUACGAAGAUUUUUCGUUACAACUAGUUGAAUAUAGGGGUCCGACUCAUGAGACUGAGUUUGGCUUUGAGCCUAUAGACAUUGCUAUGUGGGUCCCAGAAUACGACGUGUGGUCCAGCAGUGAGCCUCCUGAUCCCAAUGUAACCACAACAAAGCUCAUUAAGAGAGGAGAAGACGAAAUGCCCGAGCAAGAGGUCACUGUUAGAGGAAUUGAAAUUAUGGUACUCCCUACAGAUGGUUUGCAACCAGAUAUAAAACUCAUAGCUAAAAUGACAGGAAUACCAAACCCAAUGCCAAGAUAUCAGAAGCCAACAAAGUCUAGACUGACUACCCUUGAAAGUAGUUAAUUCAACACAUUUCAUACAUUAAACUUAGUUAAUAUAAACCAUUUGUUUAUUUUUUAUUUUGUAUCUACCAGAUAAUUUUUAUGUACCUUAUAUAAUCUGUAUAAUACAAAUAUCACCUAGCUGUCAAUGCUACCAAUAUAAUGAAAAAAAUUAUACAUCGUUUACAUAUGUGAAUACUAAAAUUAUCA